GCUUAGCGGCCUGACCCACAGCUCUGACCGGGGGAAGCAGAAGUGUCAAUGUCAAAGGAUCCCGGAUCAGCUGUUUUCUCUCAGCAACAUCCACACAUAGAUAAGAGCAGCGACUGUUGAUAAAUCGAGGGGAAAAGGAUCGGAGUCACAAACUCAGCAGCAGCAGCUUUUUGACGUUAUUUUCAGUAUUCAAGCAGCAUGAACUCACUCCCAGGUAGAACAGCCCUGUCCCUGUGCAGACGCACGGCGGCGGGCGGCGGACUGCGGAUCUUUCCUGGGUCUCAGUCGGCUCAUCCUGCAAGUCUUCAGCCCGCAGACCUGACUCGUUUUCAGGCCAUCAGAGUGUGCAGCUCCGGGAAGAGCCAUAAAGGCAGCGUCAGCACCAAGAAACGGGGCUACGACAUCACUAGAAACCCACACCUCAAUAAGGGAAUGGCCUUCACCCUGGAGGAGCGCCAACAGUUGGGCAUCCACGGUCUGCUGCCCCCAUGCUUCCUGUCUCAGGAAGUGCAGGUCCUCCGUGUUAUGAAGAGCUACGAAACACGCACCAAUUCUUUAGACAAGUACAUCCUACUGAUGACGCUGCAGGACAGGAAUGAGAAACUCUUCUACCGUGUGCUGACCUCUGACAUCGAGGAGUUCAUGCCCAUCGUCUACACUCCCACCGUGGGCCUGGCCUGUCAACAGUACGGACUGGCCUUCAGGAGACCACGUGGACUCUUCAUCACCAUCCAUGACAGAGGCCACAUCGCCACCAUGCUGAACUCCUGGCCAGAGGAGAACAUUAAGGCCAUCGUGGUGACGGACGGUGAGCGGAUCCUCGGCCUGGGUGACCUCGGCGGCUACGGGAUGGGUAUUCCAGUUGGAAAACUUGCUCUGUACACGGCCUGUGGGGGAGUGCAGCCGCAACAGUGUCUCCCUGUGCUGCUGGACGUCGGCACUGACAACCAGACACUGCUGAAUGACCCUCUGUACAUCGGCCUGAAGCACAAGAGAAUCCGAGGGAAGGAGUACGACGAGCUGAUUGAUGAGUUCAUGCAGGCGGUGACGGACAAGUACGGGAUGAACUGUCUGAUCCAAUUUGAGGACUUUGCCAACAGUAACGCGUUCCGAAUCCUCAACAAGUACAGGAAUCGUUACUGCACCUUCAACGAUGACAUCCAAGGCACGGCAUCUGUAGCUGUGGCUGGAGUCUUGGCUGCUCUAAAGAUCACGAAGAACCAACUGUUAGAUCACACUUUUGUUUUCCAAGGAGCAGGGGAGGCCGCCCUGGGGAUCGCUCACCUGCUCAUGAUGGCCAUGGCCAAACAAGGUGUCAGCAGAGAGGAAGCUGCAAAGAGGAUCUGGAUGGUGGACUCCAGAGGUCUCAUUGUGAAGGGAAGAGGCCACCUGAACCACGAGAAGGAGGAGUUUGCUCAUGAUCAUCCACAUCUGAAGACCCUGGAGGAGGUGGUCCAGACCAUCAAACCCACUGCCAUCAUAGGCGUGGCUGCUAUUGGAGGAGCGUUCACCGAGAAGAUCAUCAAAGACAUGGCGUCCUUCAACGAGAGGCCGAUCAUCUUCGCUCUCAGUAAUCCCACCAGUAAGGCCGAGUGCACAGCGGAGCAGUGCUACCAGCUCACGGAGGGCCGAGGCAUCUUUGCCAGCGGAAGUCCAUUCGACAAGGUGACGCUGGCCGAUGGUCGUACCUUCUACCCCGGACAGGGAAACAACGCCUACGUGUUCCCAGGAGUGGCUCUGGGUGUCAUCGCCUGUGGUGUGCGCCACAUAUCUGAUGAUGUCUUCCUCACCACUGCAGAGGCCAUCGCUGACAUGGUAACAGAAGAGAACCUGGCUGAGGGCAGACUUUAUCCUCCUCUCAGCACCAUCAGAGAAGUGUCCCUCAAGAUAGCAGUGAAGUUGGUCAACUAUGCCUACAAACACAACAUGGCUUCAGUUUACCCCGAGCCCAAAGACAAGGAGGCGUUUGUUCUGUCCCACGUCUACAGUCCUGAUUACGACUCCUUCACUCUGGACACUUACACCUGGCCACAGGACGCCAUGAACGUCCAGGUCGUCUGAUCUCGACCACCGACUAAACUGUAUUUAGCCGUGACAUCACGCACAGUCUCUGCUUUGCCUUGGUAUAUACAGUUUAUAUACGCUUAUAUAUACGUUGUUAAUGAUUCUUUUCAGGGUUUUGGUUGAUUGAUAUUUUUCUUUUAUUGUUUUUACUGCUUAUCAGGAAUUUAGUGUCCCUGCUGCUAGGCAGAAACACUGUGCCGUGGGUAAGAGUUGGGGACCUCUAAUGGUGAGAUGGCAGAUUGUACUGUAAGAAUUGGUUGACCUCUUGUCACCUCUCCUUGUAGAAACCCCUAAGUAAACCCCUUGCGAUCCUUCAAAUUUGACUGGAUUUUGAAUUGAUUUUCUUGUACGAGAAAAUACAAAAUUAGGUAUAAGAAUAAGAAUUAAAACAUAAUUAGGAUAAAUGAGAAACAUUUUAAGUGGUUCUGUGGAUCAAGGGUAUGUACCGUACUACAGCUGUGGCCACUAGAUGUUGCUGAAUCCUACACAGUGUAACUUUGCAGGACCUUAGGUUCUCAUGCAUUAGGCCUGUGUCCGACUCCAAACCAACUGUAAACCCUUCACAUGGGCUCUUCAAUGGUUUUCUCUGUCAUUCUCCAGAGCUCUGGUCAUACUGCACAGCUAUUUCUACCCUUUCACUGUCUUUACGACAGCAUAACGAUCCUCACAAGCACGUCCUCAGUUAAUCCACAAAGGUGGCUGUGUUGGGUUCAUAUGUGGUGACAAAGGAAUUCUGUAAGGAGUGGUGUCCAUGCUGCAGUGAUUUAAUCUCUUAAACAUGCAGAGACAGAUGGUUCUUUCAGACUAAAAUAGACCAUCGUGGCUUCUGAAAACCCACCACUCUGUCAGAACGUCUGCCUUUCUAUGACACAUUCAUAAAAAGGCAGGAAGCUGUCGUAAUAAUGACCAUUAAACUGAUUAUUAUUUAAUUUUUUUUAAAAUCAAAGAAUAAUGAAGAUAAAUCAAAUCAAAAUACUACUGCUACCAGACUGAGGUGAAGGAGAUCACUGCCUUUUUUUUUUUUUUUUUUUUUAAGGUUGUCCAGAUGUUAAAUGCUCUAAAAAUCUGUUUAUUUAGUCCAUGAAACCUGCCUGUGUUCAAAUGACAACAUCUAAAGAUACAAGCUUCUUAAAUAUUUCUGUUGGAGCACAUUUUGUGACGUCAGUUUACAGAACGCAGAAUAAUGGCAAAAAAAUCUUGCACUGCGUCUGCUGCUUAACCAAGACAAAAACAUUUGACUCUGACUCCCGUGUUCAGUCACUGGACUACAGCACUGCAGUCUGCAACUGCUCUACCCCCGCCCUCCCCCCCGCACUGAAAAACACUCCAGUUUCUGUCUGACUGUCUCAGUUUGCUCUGACAGAACCACCUCGACUUCAACAGUAUAUGUUCAGAGGUCGGUGAAUGGUUUUUUUUCUCCUUCAUUAGGACACAGUGCUGUGCGUGUUUUGCUUUAGUUUUGUACCCAGCUCUGCCUCAUGUUGUAUUUUUGCCAAAGUUUUUAACUGUAUCUGACCUUUGACAUCCCUGAGAGCACCAUCGUCAGCAGACUCAGAAGAAGUUUUCAAAGGGAAAAUAAACUUUUUAAAUAAA